UGCACAGAUCAGCCAUGUGGUCUGAAAAGCUUAAUGGUUUUUCGUUCUUGUUUGAAUGAAAACACCGUGCGUACUGUACCAUUUUAUCCGGAAGGCUUUCUCGUGCGCUCGGGGUUGUAGGCUACCACUUGGCUGUUAAGAGAAUCAUUUGCCUGCUCUUUUAACACGUGCUCGUCUUUUUUUACGAAACGCUGUUACUAGUGUCAUUGAAAAAAAUUCUAAUCGGUGACUGGACGCGUUCCAUUAAACAUUGCGAAAUUGAUUUCUUUCCUGAGAAAUAUCUACCGACGAAUACCUCUGUUUUUUUAAGCAAUUUUAUUCACUUUGUAUGAAUAUGUGUAUUUUCGUAUGAAAAAAAAGUGAGACUGAAUUGAUGUUUAUGCCAACUUAGGUUCUGAUUUGGUGAGGGUGCGUGAAGCGCACGCGCGCUGUGGGCGGGAAUAGACGCGCGUUUAUAAAGAGCGCAGCGCGCGCCGUGGGGCGGCGACACCGCGCGGAAACGGCUGUCAAGAACGGAGAGGACUCAGUGAAGACGCUAGGGAAGACUUUUUAAUUCAUUCCAAGCUGGGUGGGAGAGGCGCGCCUCUCUCGGGCCCCUUGUCGCCUCUCCCCCCCCUGGAAUGGAUGAACACUUCAACCUUAUAGACUCUCCGUUAACGCGUCACAGGGGAAACAACGCCGAGAAUCACGGCUACGCGGAGACAGAGAAAGGCAGCAUGACGGUGAUGGCGGCGGAGUUGCUGGAGGAAUCGGCCGCGCUGCCCGGCCACCUGUCGCUGGAUCGAUAUGAGGCGGAGCACGAGUGCUGCGAGAGAGUGGUCAUCAACAUCUCGGGCCUGCGCUUCGAGACGCAGCUUAAAACUUUCAACCAAUUUCCGGACACCUUGCUCGGCGAUCCGAAAAAGAGGAUGCGCUACUUUGAUCCGCUCAGGAACGAGUACUUUUUCGACAGGAAUCGUCCAAGCUUCGACGCCAUCCUCUACUACUAUCAGUCAGGCGGGCGCAUCCGGAGACCAGUAAACGUGCCCAUAGAUAUUUUCUCAGAAGAGAUCCGCUUUUAUCAGCUUGGAGAGGAAGCGAUGGAGAAAUUUCGUGAGGACGAGGGUUUUAUCAAAGAGGAAGAGCGCCCCUUGCCCAGUCAUGAGUUCCAAAGGCAAGUCUGGCUUUUAUUUGAGUACCCGGAGAGCUCCGGCCCGGCCAGGGGCAUCGCCAUCGUGUCAGUUCUGGUCAUUCUCAUCUCCAUCGUGAUUUUCUGUCUGGAAACUUUGCCUGAGUUUAGGGACGAUAAGGAUCCGGUCACAGUAGCACCUGUAAUAAACGGCACUGCCCCGUACGGGUCAAGCUCUUUUACUGACCCCUUUUUUGUUAUCGAGACGCUUUGCAUAAUCUGGUUCUCCUUUGAGCUGCUUGUCCGAUUUUUCGCUUGUCCCAGCAAAGCCACCUUUUCCAAAAACAUCAUGAACAUAAUCGACAUCGUGGCUAUAAUCCCGUAUUUCAUCACCCUGGGAACAGAGUUGGCCGAAAGACAGGGUAAUGGGCAGCAGGCCAUGUCCCUUGCCAUUCUGCGCGUGAUUCGUCUAGUACGAGUGUUUCGCAUCUUUAAGCUGUCGCGCCACUCCAAGGGCCUCCAGAUCCUCGGGCAGACACUUAAAGCCAGCAUGCGGGAACUUGGUUUGCUGAUUUUCUUCCUUUUUAUCGGAGUCAUUUUAUUCUCCAGCGCUGUAUACUUCGCUGAGGCAGACGACCCUGCAUCCAGCUUUAGCAGCAUCCCGGACGCGUUCUGGUGGGCCGUGGUUACCAUGACUACGGUCGGCUACGGAGAUAUGCACCCGGUGACUAUCGGCGGGAAGAUCGUCGGCUCGCUGUGUGCCAUUGCUGGGGUUUUGACGAUCGCGCUUCCAGUGCCCGUCAUCGUCUCCAAUUUCAACUACUUUUACCACCGGGAGACGGACGGCGAGGAGCACGCGCAGUAUCUGCACACGGGGAGUUGCGAGCAUCUCGACUCCGCUGAGGAGAUGAAACGGACGCGGAGCAGCUCGUCACUCAGCAAAUCGGAGUACAUGGUGAUAGAGGAGGGCAUAAACAGCGGCUUUAAACAGGCUAACUACACAAACCAAAAUAAUCAGAACUGCGUAAACAUCAAAAAGAUUUUCACAGACGUGUAAAGCAACAGCAUCUCCAGUCCACGAUGCUCCUCAGACCAACUACACUUUGCUCUAGGAUUUUCAUCAUGCAGACCUUGUACACGGACUAAAACCUGUCGGACUGCAGAUAAUUAUGCAUUCUCUAUAAUGGUUAAAAUUGGACGAAGGGCGGGUCAGGGACCUUAAAUAUCCAAAAACAAUAACGAAUCGUUUGUGAUUGUCAGUCUGCAUUUGUUCUCAGUGUUAUAUAUAAUCGUCAUCAUACGUACUGGCAAUAUAUUACAAUCUAACAAAUGCCUGUUAAUGUGUUGAAGCGAUAUAUUUUCAGAGGUCACGUGUUAGUGUCACAUGCAUUUUGUUAGUAUCUAAAAGUGCAGAUAUCAUUAUAACAAAGUGAUGUGGAUAAAACCAUUACGUUGUCAAAUAUAUAUAGCCUAUUGUACGUAUUUAUUAAUCAAACCGCCUUUACCUAUACCAAAUAACUAUGUGUUAAACAGAAUGAAAGAAUUGAUUGUUAUGGCUUAAAAUGUUUAAUUUGUGUAAAAAAAAAAAACAGUUAUCACCAAAUCAAUGUUAAUUGCUGUAAUCGGCCACAUAAAAGAUCAAUUUCCCCCAAAUUA